CUGGUGCGACUGCGUCCGAUUGGUCUUCAGAGAAUGCUUUCAACUCGACCAGGAGCCUAUUACAACAAUCUUGGACGCUUGUCCGCCGCAGUUCUCCACUUACGUUCCUACAUAUUGUAUGGAACAUAACUUUUUAACACCCAACAUUUUAUAUUUCGAUUUAAUAAUGUGCGUAGUGUAUAAGUGAAGAUAGUGCUAAAGUUUUGGAUUAUAUUUUAUUACAAAAAUAACAAUAAUGGACGAACAAACCGCUUUAGUUUUAGCCAUUCAAUUGGUUGCGUUAUUUUCAAUUGCCGGCGCUUUACUUUUGUAUUUAAUCUGUAAAAUUCGAGUGGGUUUCGGUUCUGAACCGCAAGAAUUAUCACCAGGUGCUGGAAAACCAGUUCUUGUUACUUGUUGCGAUAACGCAGUUGGAUUACAGAUUGCGAUUCAUCUCGCUAAUCGAGGAUUUCGAGUAUUUGCUGGAUUAAAAGACAUCUCAACGGGUGAGGAAUCCCCCGAUACCACUUCAUCGAGAAUUAUUAGAUCAUGGCAAAAACAUAGAGAAUCGAUUUCUGGUCAUCAAGGCGCUUUGGUGGCUUUACCAUUGGAUGUUACAAGAGAAGAUCUGCUUCAUGAGGCGGUCGAUAUAAUUAGGGCGCAUUUACCAGCAGGAAAAGACGGUAUAUGGGCUGUAAUAAAUACAAGCGGUUCUGUAUAUCGCGGUCGAUUUGAUCAACAAGAUAUAACUCAUUGGGAUGCUGUUUUAAAAACAAACGUCGUUGGUGUUUUAAGAACAGCACGGACUUUCCAAAAUUUAUUAAAAACCGCUUCUGGCCGUAUCGUUACAAUCGGAGCUGUUAAUCCAACAGACUCAGGCUUGGUUGCGUACACCGCUGCUAGAUAUGGAGUAGAAGGAGCAAGCAAAGCUUUAAGAACGGAAUUGGCUCCGUUGGGUAUCAAAGUUAUUACGUUAAAUCCAACCGGAUUAUCUACGGAUUCAAUGUUUGUAACGCCGAAAUUUGUGUCAAAAGAAAAUACAACUGAAAUAUCAGUAGAGAGUAACGGUUGUUUGGAGUAUUAUCCCUUGGUUUUGUCGGAAUCGGCGUUGUGUACCUUAGAUGUUGCCAUAACCGUUCAAAAACCAAAAAUGUCUUAUGACUUGGUGAAGAAUUCGUUUUGGAGGACGUUGUCUAUUUAAAUGUAAUUUAAUUAUUAGAAAGACUGUAUUUAGUUACGUAUAUAUUCUGUACAUAAACACGAAUUUAUUGUGUAUUUACAUAACUGUAAUAACUGUAUAUAUAUAAGUAUUUAAAAAAAUGGUUUUAUUUUAA